AAGGCGGCGCCGCGGUGGAGGAGGAGGUCGACCCCCCGUCCGCAGUCCCGUGCCUGGAACAAACCUCGGCCCCAGUCGUACCAGAGCCCCAACGGGGUGCUUUUCACCGACUUUCCCCUAGAGGACAGGUGCACCUUCACCGUAACUCAGCCUGCCGGCACUGUCAGCACCUGCCCGGGCGGCGGAGCGCUCCGGAGGGGCGCCUUGUUUUUCAGCUCCAGCAUGGGAUCGGUGUCCAACGGGACAGUGCGGCCUCCAGCCUGUCAAGCGGUCUCCCCUGAGCGAUCCUCACAGGUACUCUCUGUGGUCUCGAACAGUCCUGUCGGUGUUACUGCCAACGGCACCAUUACCUCACCAGGAAGCCAGCUGGGUCGUCCCCUGAGGAUUUCCAGUCAAUCAGCACUUUCACCGCAGCGAGAGCGGAUUGCUUUCACGGGCAGCCCUCAGCCCUCACCUGCUGGAAACACGCUUUCCCCGAGUAACAGCAAUGCGGCAACGCUGCCCUUGCGAUGCAGCCAGGUUUCCAAAAUACCAGAGAAAGUGUCGUCGGUUUCCCAUGCGAUUUCCCCAGAGCAAGGGGUCCCUCCUCAGAGGCCGGCGUCCCCUCAGGACCAGCCUGCCAUCCUGAGCACCAACAGCCCUGCCGCUCUCAAAGUGGGCACGCAGCAGAUCAUUCCGAAGAGUUUGGCUUCUGAAAUAAAGGUGACAAGUAAAGCCAACAGCCAGAAUGUGGACAUGAGCAAGAGAGUGUUGAAGGUCCGCAGCAUGGUGGAGAGCCUCAGCAUGCCUUUGGUUGCUGACAUUGAGGAGGAGGCUGAGGGUGACUUGGACAGUCCAGGGACCCUGCGUCGCGGCCUGAGAUCAACAUCCUACCGCAGAGCGGUGGUGAGCGGCGUGGACUUCGACAGCUCUAAUAAUGUUAAGAAAAAGAACAGAAUGUCCCAGCCCGUACUCAAAGCAGUUGUUGAAGAUAAAGAGAAAUUUUCGAGCCUGGGAAGGAUAAAGAAGAAAGUGCUGAAAGGACAAGGGACCUUCGAUGGGGAAGAAGAUGCUGUGUUAUAUCAGAACUAUAAAGAAAAAGCUUUGGACAUAGAUUCUGAUGAAGAAUCUGAACCCCGAGAGCAGAAAUCAGAUGAAAAGAUUGUUUUUCACUAUAAGCCCCUGAGAUCAACAUGGAGUCAGCUGUCCGUUGUAAAGAAGAAUGGAUUAUCAGAAGCGAUCACCCAGGAAGAAAGAAAAAGACAGGAGGCGAUAUUUGAAGUGAUAUCUUCUGAGCAUUCUUAUUUGCUGAGCUUGGAGAUUCUGAUCCGGAUGUUUAAAAAUUCCAGGGAACUGAGCCGCACAAUGACCAAAACGGAGAGCCAUCACCUCUUCUCCAAUAUCGUGGAUGUUUAUGAGGCAAGCAAAAA